AUGGGCGUCGACGAAGCUUUUCCCGAAUCUAAACAGGGGCGGCGCAAGCUACAGCUAGGGCGCAAACUUGGUUUGGGUCGCAGCCAGACACCAACAACGUUCUCACAAGCUCAAGCGCCCGUCGCCGCUGACGCAGGACCGUCCUCGGGUAUCAGCCCAGCAAAAACCGGCUGGUCUGUCCUUAAGCGUACACUCGCCACUGUCAGGGAUGCAUCAGAUCUUUGCCCUCCGCUCAAAGCGUCCUUGGUGGGUAUUGUCAAGUUGAUGGACCUGGUGGACCGAGUGAAGGACGCGCAGUCUGACUUCGAAGAUGUCGCACACAGGAUACAACAGCUGCAACGUAUCUUUCAGCACUACCAAAGGGCCGAUGGCCCUCCAUCUUCGACAGCAUCACAGCGCCUGGACGGUAUAUCCCGCGCACUGGACUUGGUGAAGUGCACCAUAGAUGUCAAAACGGGUCGAGGCUUAUGUCGUCGUAUACUCGAAUCCUCGGAAGAUGUUGGGGCGGUUGUGAAAGCCUUUCGAUGUGUCGCGGUUUUGGUAGAGAACUUCAAUGUUGAUACUCUCAUGCAACUUGAACUCCAUGCAGUCGCGAUCCGACGUAGCAUUGACGACCUGACCAGAGACAAUAUCAUGAACGAGCUUCGGCAUGUACGGAAUGCAGACCACUCUUCCCAGGAUCAGGAAGGUUGCAUGGCGAACACGCGUGUCUCUUUGCUCAAUGAACUAUUCACUUGGAGCAUUGACUGGAGUGCGCCUGGCAUCUUCUGGCUCUCUGGGAUGGCCGGAACAGGCAAAUCCACUAUCGCGUGGUCCUUCUGCGAGUUUCUCGCAUCCAAUGGUCUGCUUGGCGGCAGCUUCUUCUGCUCCAGAACUGGUUCUGCUGAGCGGAGUGAUGCCCGCCGCAUCAUUCCCACCAUCGCUCGCCAGUUGUCCAGAGUGAGCGCCGACUACGAGAUUGCCCUACUGAGUCUACUGAGGGUAGAUCCCGAUGUGGCACAGAAGUCCAUCAAGUCGCAGAGUCGCGGCUUGCUUCGGACGCUACUCAAGGCCCUGCCCGAUAACAGAGGCCUUCAGACGGUCUUGGUCAUCGACGCCUUGGACGAUUGCAUCGAAGAAGACGAUGUCGAAGCAUUUCUCGACGAGCUCAUAGCCCUUGUCACCUUCAUGACACCGUCCGUGAAACUGUUUAUAUCGUCUCGUCCUGAGCCUCACAUCAGGCUGCGUUUCGAGGUGGAGCAGACCAGUAUCCACAGAAUCACAAGGUUACACGACGUCGAUCAAGAGUCGGUCAGCAAUGAUAUAGAGGCCUACAUCUCGCAUCAUCUGGCAAUCAUCCGUCAGUCUCGAAGCCUUGCGACCUUCCCUUUCGAUUGGCCUGCCAGAUCCGACGUGUGGACUCUGGCUCGCACAGCGGACAGGUUAUUCAUAUACGCCGUGACCGCCGUCGAGUACAUCAAACGGGACCCAGUGCAACGGCUUGAGACUCUACUGAGUCAAUCGGCGGGGCGACCACUCACAAGGGGUAUAGACGCCAUAUACUCUUCCGUGCUUCUCGAGGCGAUCAAUCCUGAAAAGCACGAGACACGCGAGGUUGACUUUCUAAAAAGCGUUCUCUCCGUCAUCCCUAUCCUAGAAACACCUCUGGCACUGUCUUCUCUCGGAGAUCUACUUGGUGUGUCUACAGAUCGCGUGCGCAUGGCAUUGGACCGGCUUCAUGCGGUGGUGAACGUGCCUCAGGAUGGAACUACGGCCGUGACCAUCUUUCAUUCGUCUUUCAGCGAUUUCAUACGGGAUCCCGAUCGUUGCCCGCCGCGCCUUUACGUGGAACCCGAACAGGCACACGAAGACCUCGCUCACUUGUGUUUCCGGACACUGCAUUCCGAGCUUCUACAUUUCAACGUAUCGCGUUGCCCAUCCUCAUAUCGGUCCACGGCUCGUCAACGGCUCGCUACCCUUCGUCCAUCUUUGCUUUAUGCAUGCCUGAACUGGGCGACACAUGUGGUCUCCGCGAGUAACCGUGGCAUCCGGACAUUGCUUCCUGUCAUGGAAGCCAUACUCCGCGAUAAGUUUCUUUUCUGGGUGGAAGCCCUCUACGGAAGCGGUCACGGAGUGAAGACAACGGAGAUCUUAUGGAUGAUGUUGAGUACGCUCGAGGUCAGAGGGGUACUGAGACCCACUGCGUCGACUAUGUUGCACGAGGCAUUCCAUUUUCUCCAGUCAGAGGACGAGACGAUCGAACGUAGUCUUCCCCAUCUCUAUUUGUCCGCCUUACCGUCCGCAGACCCUUCUUCCUUCAUUGCCGGAGCAUUUUGGCCACGAUUCUUACGGCGACCGGACGUCAGACCAAAGGGCAUGCUUACAUGGAGGCGUGAUGGCCCAACAACGCCUGCCACCCUAUCGCUCGACGUCCUCUACCAAGCAGGUCACAGCAGUGCCGUUCAGGCCGUGCUCUUUACACGGGAUGGCUCCAAGAUCAUAUCGGGAUCCUUCGACAAAACCAUACGCGCAUGGGACGCGCGCAAUGGAGCUCAGACUAUGAGGGUGCCGUUCAGUACUGACACCAUCUUGACGCGUAGAGUAUCGUCUCUUGCGCUCUCGCCGGACAGACUUUACAUCUACUCGGGUUCAUGGGAUUUCACUAUCCAUGUCUGGGAUGCGCGCACCGCAGAAGAGGUGAUGCAGCCCUUUCGUGGACACCGGGGACCCAUUCUCUCUGUCUCUUUACUACCAGACGGUAGUCGCAUUGUGUCGGGUUCUCAGGACAAAACGCUCCGGGUCUGGGACACGCGGACAGGCAUGGACCUCUUGGGACCCUUCGUCGCACACACGAACGCUGUUUGCUCAGUUUCAGUAUCGUCGGACGGGAACCUCGUAGCAUCCGGCUCUUUUGAUGGCUCGAUCCGCAUCUGGGAAGUGCAAACGGGUGCACUAAAGCGAGUCAUUAUGGCGCCAGACAUGGGCCAAGUAUACUCCGUCGCGUUCUCGCCGGACUGUAUGCGCAUCGCGUCAGCCAGUCUGGAUGAGAUGAAUAGUGUUCGUGUCUGGAACGCUCAGACGGGAUCGGAGGACAUGCCUCCCUUGGCUGAUGGCGCGGGGAAAGCGUACUGCGUGGCCUUUUCACCCGAUGGAACACGCAUCGCCGCGGGCUACCAUGACCAGAGCAUCCGCGUUUGGGAUGCCAAUGACGGAGAUGACCUAUUCCCUCCUCUAGAAGGUCACAGGGGGCCAGUAUGCUCAAUAGCAUUUUCUCCAUGCGGUACUCGCCUCGUAUCCGGCUCGUUUGACGAAGCCGUCAGGGUGUGGGAGGUCGCGACGUCUGAGUACAAAGAGCACUACUCACGUCAUCCCACCGUUCCGCAGCCGGCUCUUGCACCGAACGAUGAUGGUUGGAUCGAAGGCCCGGAUGGGGAGCUUCUCUAUCAUGUCAGGGAUGACUUCUCCACCCACAACCUACAUCUUUCUCAACCGAUCUCGCGCUGCUCUUUACUGAUCGCACUACACGGGAUUCAAAUCGACUUUACGGGGUGCAACGCGCACGGAGAAUCUUGGGCAACCUGCUAUACCGGAGGUUGA